CCUCACACUCACUACAUCAAGAAAAAGGAAAAAAUAAGGUACGAAGAAGCCCAUUUGAAUCCCCUUCCCAAAUGGCUCCACAGUUCCUAACAAAGCUUUCCCUGGCACUAAUUCUCGCAACCGCCGUCAUUUCCACUUCCGCCGCCGCCAGCAAGUUGAAAAAGACCAAUCUAAUUUUGUAUUUUCAAGACUUCGCCAACGGCCCAAACGCCACAUUCACCACAGUCGCCGGAAUCGCGGGAAAGCCGUGGAAUUUCACAGAGUUCGGGACCAUUUUCGUGACGGACGACCCGAUCACCGCCGGGCCGGCUCCGAACUCGACGGCGCUAGGGCGAGCUCGGGGGAUAUACGCCGUGACGGGGCUGGACGGCCAGAACUUGCUGGUCGUGCUGUCGCUGGCGUUGGCCGACGGGAGCAGCAUCGAAAUACAAGGAACAAGCCGACAAUUCGAAGGCGUGAGAGAGCUGGGCGUGGUGUCGGGGACAGGAAAAUUCCGGUUCGCCACAGGCUACGCCAUUGCUCGAAAUGUUGUAACGGACAUUCCCAAUGGCUACACCGUCAUUCAGUUCAAUGUUACGGUGAAGCAUUACAGAAGAUCUUAAUGGACCGGCCCACACGUGUCCAAAUCUCAAAGCUUUGGUUCCCCGAAUGUAACUGUUGAAGCUACGUCAAUAAAUUUUCGACUAAAUAUAUGUUUUAGUCGUUAUUGUUAA